CUGAUCUACUCAUUGUGCUGAGCCAUGGAUGUGUUAACCAUGAUGCACUGAAUGGACCAUCCUUGCCUUGGCUCACCCAGCACAUUCAACUUGUACCAAAGAAAGCCCCACGUAAUAGAGUGAACUUUUCCCUUCUUGGCCUCCCUGCCUCACGUGGCUGCUCCGCAUAGCCACUCCAGAGCCACACGGCUACCUGGAAUGGAGAUCAGAAGUUUUUUUGGAAAGCGCAAAAUAGUUGAAGAAGAAACAUCGCAGAAGAAAAGGAAGAACGAGGAAGAAAGUAGCAGCAGUUCCUGUUCAGGCUCACCCGCAGAAUAUGAAUGCAUCAUGGAUGAUUUGGAAUUUGCUGUCCAUCCUUACGAUAUUGGGCUAUAUGUGAAUUCACCCACUCCUCUCACAGAUGAUGUCAAGUAUAAUCUUCUUGUGAAUACCUACACACCAGCACACGAUUAUAAUUUCAAGGGAGAUUCAACAGGAAUACGCAGUUUUCGUCAUAUAUGGCUAAUUAGAUAUUCACCGUGGCUUAGCUACUCUUCCUACUUGAAAGGACCAUUUUGUAAAUACUGCAUUGUGUUCCCACAGCCUGAUCUCUGUGGGAGACAGGGCGGCUUCAUCAUGGUGCCAUUUGUGAGAUACAAUGAUUUUCACGUGUGUGCAAAAAAACACAUGUCAAGCGCAUGGCACAGAAGCGCAGAAGUCGAUGCAACUAACUUCCUAAGCAGCAGGAAUGUAUUUGAAACAAACUUUGCCUGUCAGAUUGACAGCAGCAUAAACCGGAUAGUCAAUGAAAAUCGUAAAAAAUUAUACUCGAUACUGUCAACCAUCGUAUUCUGUGGCACCCAUGACAUUCCUUUACGCGGAGAAACAAGCAAAACGGGGAACAUGCAGAGUCUCUUGGCAUUCCGCGUUGAAGCUGGAGAUGCGACCCUGCGGGAACAUCUGGAAACCGAUGCGGGUAACGCUCGGGACAUGUCAGCCCAAAUAGAACACGAACUGAUUAAGCUGUGUGUUGAUGCCAUUAGGGAAGAGAUCGUUUCUGCCGCCAAUAGUUCCACUGGAUUUUCAGUUCUUGUCGGCGAAGGCGCCGAGAUCUCUGGGGAGGAGCAGUUGUCGCUUGGCGUACGUUUUGUGGACACGGCUGGCACCAAACCUGUCGUUCGAGAGGAGUUCCUUGGUUUCGCAGCACUCAAGGAAUGGGAUGCUGCCUGCAUUGCCGAGACCAUUAUUGAGGAGUGCACAAAAUAUGGUUUAAAUCUAGAAAAAUUAUACGGCCAAGGAUAUGAUGGAUGCUCUAAAUUGGCCGGCAAAGAGGGUGGUGUGCAAGCUAAACUAAAGAAUAGGUACCCCAAAGCUACUUUUGUCCACUGCGCAGCACAUACUCUCAAUCUGGCUGUGAAUGACUUAAAUGCUGUGCCUGAGAUAAGGAAUGCAGUUGGCACAAUCAAAGCCAUCGUUCGCUUUUUCCGUGAGAGUACAAGCAGAAGACACCUUAUUCCAGCUGUGCCGUUGCUGGGUGAAACGCAUUGGGCUGCAAAAUACAAGAGAGUCAGAAUUUUUUCCAAGAAUUUUGAACAGAUUUUCGAUCAGUUAAGAAAACUGGCCACUACAGCUUCAGGUCAAACAUCCCAGGAUGCGUAUCAGUUACACUGUGCUUCAGGGACACCUAAUUUCCUCUUUUGCCUUGUUAUAAUUUCAACCUAUUGUGGUAAAUUAGAGUCGGUGACCCAGUCUCUGCAAGCUGUUCGGCUUGAUAUGACGAAGGUGUAUGAACACGUCCAGGAGCUCUUAAGUGUCUUUCGUGGCCACCAAGAAAAGGCAGAGGAGCAUUUCAAGGGAAUUUUUUUGGAAGUUCAAGAACUAGCAGACAAGUUGGGCGUUGCCUUGAGUGUUCCCAGACAAUGUGGCCUGCAGAAGAACUGCUCAAAUGCCAGUGGCCCAACUGAGGAAGAGUAUUUCCGCCAGUCGCUCUACGUACCCUACUUGAACUCGGUAAUCUCGUGGUUGGAAAGCCGGUUUGCUCCAGAAAGCAAGGCGGUUUUUGGGAUCUUCUCGCUUCAUCCUGUAGAAAUGGCCAAAGUUGGCCUUGAAAACUUGAAAAUGGAGAUGGAAAAAAUCAGUGAGUUAUACGAAAUUGAAAAUUUGAAAAGUGAAGCAGUCACCUGGUUUGAAAAGUGGUUGAGGAAGAAGGAAGAAACAGUUGAAAACGGGGAGAAUGGACUUCUGGAUUUGCUGCCGUACGUCGACCGGUAUCCUUCAAUUCAACAGGCCCUUCUGAUUGCUCUGACGCUCCCAGUAACAACCUGUACAGUGGAAAAACCAUUCAGUACAAUGAGAAGGGUAAAAACGUGGCUGAGAUCAACAGUGGCAGAUGACCGUUUGCCUGGACUUUGCAUGAUGAGUGCUCAUCGAGUAAAAAUUAAUGAAAACAAGGACGAAUUACUCCAAAAAGUGAUUGACAGAUUUGCAGAAGAUAACAGGCGUUUACAAUUUCUCUUUGAAAAAUAGCUGGUUAACUAUUUUUUUUAUUAUUUUUAUUAAGAACUUUGAAGAAUAUAAGUAAGGAGGAAUAAAAAAAUAUAAAAGGAUAAAAUAUGAGUGGUAGGAUUACAGCUGGAUAUACAACAAAUCUAGAAUAUCAUACAAACCAUUAUGUUCCAGUAUAUAAUUAGAGACUUAUGAUAUAAAAUAUAUCAUCCAUUUUGUAAGCCUUUAAUGUCUGUAUUGAGCUUUAAACUGAAAAUGCUUGAUUAACAGUGUGCAUCACUAGGAAACACUAUAAGCAGCACAUUAAGUCAAAGUUUUCCAUCAAAUUAAGAUAUAAAGUGUAUAUAUAAGAAAACGCAAAGUUUUCACAAUCUCUGCUCAUAGAUUUUUCUAAUUUGGGAAUGGAAGUGUUGAUUUAAUGUUGAUUCUAAUUAUGCUGGAUUGAUGCUGGUCUAUAAACAUAAUGAAUUUUA